AUGUUUCAUAAUGAGCUUUUGCAACGAGCUAUUGAGGAGUUGAAGAUUGAUUAUCCAAAUACUGUUAUUAUCUAUGACGAUUAUUACAAUGUGUUCACAUGGGUCCUAUCUCAAGCGCGAUUUCACGGAUUUGAUUUGAAUUCAGUACAAAAAGCUUGUUGUGGAGCUGGAGGGUCUUAUAACCUUAAUCCGAGGAAGAUGUGUGGUGCUCCAGGGAUUUUUGCCUGUCCUAAUCCGUACAGUUAUAUUAGCUGGGAUGGGAUUCAUCUUACUCAACAUGCACAUAAAUUAAUGGCGGAAUGGUUGAUACGAAGCAUCUUUCCUCAGUUGCAAUUCCAAAUUUAA